ACCGGAACGGAUCUCACAUCAACUCCAUAUUACCCCUCUCACUCUCACACACACACACACCCGGCCGCCUUUGUCUCCCCUAUUCCCCAUCAUCAUCAUCACCACCACAACAACCAUCAACCACCACCACCACCUCCCACAGUCAUCGUUGUUUUUAUUUUAAUUUCCCUCGCGUCGUCGCUGCCAGGAGACGCGGGGACCCUGCCGGGGCGUCUAUGGCUGCCGGGGAGCCCUCGCUGCGGGCGGCAGGCGACGAGCGCGCGGCGUUAGUGCGGUGCGCGAGGAUUCGGUAAGAGUUGCGCCGAUCGCCGGGCCCGCAUGCCGACGGGCGCCGUCAGGAUGAACGCGGAGGAGAUGGAGCUGCUCAACGACCCUAAGUACCGCAGCUACGCAGCCACCCUUGACAAGGCGCUCAAGAGCUUCGAGUACAGCAGCGAGUGGGCCGAUCUCAUCUCCGCGCUGGGAAAGCUCAACAAGGUGCUGCAGGGCAGCAGCAAGUACCCGGUUCUGCCGCGGAAGCUGACCAUCGGCAAGCGGCUGGCGCAGUGCCUGCACCCGGCGCUGCCCAGCGGCGUGCACCUCAAGGCGCUGGAGACGUACGAGAUUAUCUUCCGCAUCAUCGGCAGCAAGCGCCUGGCGCGCGACCUCUUCCUCUACAGUGCGGGCCUCUUUCCGCUGCUGGCAAAUGCGGCGAUGUCGGUGAGGCCGGCGCUGCUGCAGCUCUACGAGACUUACUAUGUGCCCCUCGGCAAGACGCUGAAGCCCGGCCUGCAGGGCCUCGUCACCGCCAUCCUGCCCGGGCUGGAGGAGGGCUCCGAGUACUAUGACCGGAGUAACUGCCUGCUGGAGAAGACGUCGCUGGCGGUGGAGCCGUGCGUGUUCUUCAGCGCGCUCUGGGGCAGCGUGCUCACCAGCCCCGCGGUGCGGCUGCCCGCCGUCACCUACACGCUCACCCACCUCAACCGCAAGCUCUCCAUGGAGGACCAGCUCCAUGUCAUUGGCACCGACGUCGAUCUCAUGGUGGAGGCGGUGUGCGCGUGCGUGCAGGACUCUAGCGUGCUGGUGCAGAGGAGCACCCUGGACCUCCUGCUCUUCUGCUUCCCCUUCCACCACAGCCAGGUCACCAAGCUGGACACGGUGCGCCUGCUGUCGGCUGUGCUGCACGUUGUGCUGCGGCGUGACAUGUCUCUCAACCGCCGCCUCUAUGCCUGGCUCCUGGGGUUCGACAAUAAUGGCACUGCGUUGGGGCCCCGCAUGGCGCGCGACGAGUCCCGUGAGGAACACGGGGCACGCUACUUCAGCACCUACUCCCGCGAGCUGCUUGUGCAGGCCAUGGUCGGGAUCCUAAAGGGCCGCGGCGGGGGCGGCUGCGGGGAGGAGGGCGGCUCCGUCUCCCCGGACCUGAGGCCGUUCCGCAUCCUCCUGAGUCUGCUGGACAAACCUGAGAUCGGCCCGGCGAUCCUGGAGGAGGUGCUGGUGGAGGUGUUCCGUGCGCUCCACGGGCAGUGCGAGAUGGAACUGGGCACCGGGAUCCAGCCGCUCUUCAGCAAGGACCGUAGCCAGCUCAGCAGCAAGAUGAGGGAGAACAAGCAGACGGCCGAGGUGGUGAAGACGGCCAACCUCCUCUUCAACUCGUUCGAGCCCUACUAUCUGUGGGACUACCUGGCGCGCCUCUUCCAGAGCUGCUGCAGGCGGUCCCGGCGCGGGGUGAGGAGGGCGCGGAGGCCGAGCGGCAUGAGCGAGCAGGAGUUGACCGUGUGCGAGCUGUGCGUCCUGGCCGACUUCCUGCUCGACGUCGUCUCUCUGCCGACACCGAGUCUGAUGGCCGCGCUGUGUCAGGAGUCGUACAUCGAGAUCCAGACGGAGCACCUCCCGCGCCUGCUGCGCCGCCUCAUCGGCUGCCUGACGCGCCACCUGGCGUCGCUCUCUCUCACCGAGCUCACCGACUCGCUGCGCCUCUGCUCCAAGAUCCUGAGCCGCGUGCAGCCGCCGCUGGUCCCCGUGGCGACCGCCGCGAUGCCGGUCGGCCCCGGCGAAGAUCACCGUGCGACGGUUGGCGCGGCGACGGCCGAGCGGGAGGAGCCGUCGGAGGAGGGGAGGGAGGCGUCCGGGGGAGUGGGCGGCGACCCGGGCCCAGCGCCCGCCGCAGGGCCCGCCCCGGCGAGAGGGCCCCCCGGCGGGAGCAGCUUCACGGAGUUCGUGCAGUACAGCGGCGGCAGGGGCGAGCAUCCCGGCGCCGGCACGGGCUCGCGGGAACGGCAGGAGGGCGGCGCCCGGGAAUCGCCGAAGGAAUUGCGCGGCUGCUCCGACGGCGCCGGCUCCGGUUCGGAGCGCUCGCGAUCGUCCUCCGAGUCUCCGCCGCCGGCACGCCGGCGCCCCGGAGACCCGGCCCGCCACGACGGCGCCCUGGCCGGGACGGGGGACGCCGACCCGGACGAAGACGAGGAGGAGGCGGAAGAGGAGGAGGUGGACGACGGGGGCGAGGAGGUGUACAAGGACAGCGAUGACGACGAGGGCGACGAGGGCGAGCGGCGCCAGCAGCAGCGCAAGACGACGAUGCAGCGGUGCUGCGAGCGCUUCCAGGAGUUCCUGACGCUCUUCUCGCGUCGCUACGUGCUGCGCAGCGACGGCGCCCCCGCGCAGUUCGUGCGCGACAUCUCGCUGGGAGGGGCGCUGACCGGCGCCGGCGCCCUUGCGGUGUGGGGCAAGCGCAGCGGACGGACGGCGGACGGGGAGGCGGGAGGCGGGGGGCCGCGUGGGGAGGACGACGGGGGGAGCGACGGCACCGCCGCCGCCGCGGACGGCUUCUCGGAGGGCCACCUGGCGGCGCUGGCGGCGGCGUGCCAGCUGCUGCUCGAGUGCUCCAGCUUCCCCGUGUACGUGGCCGAGGGCAGCCCGGCCUCGCCGCACCGAGCGCUGCCCGCCGGCACAGGCGACACGACGGGCGUCCUCCCCGAGUGGCUGCAGACCCUCCUGGCCUGCUGCUGCUACGGCUGCGGCGGCGGCGGCGGCUCUGACGCAGGCCUGAGCGGCAGCGAGGCGUUCCCCGUGCGCGGCACGGCCAUCGCCUGCUUCCUGGACCUGCUGCACCUGGCGCGCUCCGUCUCCGCGGUGGCGGUCUCCUCGCCGCAGCAGCAGCUGCAGCAGCAGCAGGCGACGAUGGCGUACCCAAGCCCGGCGAGCCCCGGGCGCGUCGCCGUGGUGAUCGUGCCGCCGCUCACCGACGCUCACCUACGCUACCUGGCGGAGAAGACUCGCUUCUUUCAGAUGGUGGCGGCGAUCCUGUGGGCCCAGCUGGGCGAGGGCGGAGGGGGGCGGCACCACCGGCGCUGCGUGGAGCUGCUGCAGCAGCUGCACGGGCUGGCGCCCGGCCCCUCGGUGUGCGAAGACGUGGUGUCCCGCGACCUCGCGUCCCGCGUGCCGGCGACGCGCGUGGAGGCGUACAGGAAGUUUGCUCUGCUCUGGCACCUGACGCGCGACCUCCAGCAGAGCAAGAACUGGGCCUUCACGCGCACCUUCGACAGGUCGCUGCUGCUCAUGCUGGACUCGCUGCGCUGCGUGGAGUCGGACGGGCAGUGCGCCUCCGUGUGCCACGAGUGGCUGACGCACGCCGUGCAGCGCCACGACGUGCCGCGCCUGCUCGAGCCGCCGCUGCUGCUGCUGCUGCACCCCAAGACGCAGCGCGUGUCGCUGGCGGCCGUCGCCUUGCGGCAGUCGGGCGCCGGGACCGGCUCCCGCGCCCUCUCACUGCGCCAGCUCGGCGACGAUCCGCGCGCCGGCGAGCCGCUGGAAACCGGCGCCGACGGAGCUGGGGAGAUGGCGCUGCGAGACCCGGAGAUGCGGGGAAAUGGCGGGAGCUGCGUGGUGGAAGGGGCGUUCCUGGCCGGCGAGGCCGGCGCCCGGGAGGUGACUGGAGUGAGCGUAUGCGUGCGCGCGUCCGGCGACCACGCCGGCUACUACGUGACGGAGCGGGUGGCGCGUGGGGGGUCCAGCAUGGCCCACGGCGGGUCCCGCGUCCCCGUGGGCCUCACCGUGAACCCGCUGGGCGCCGACUCCGAGAGCCCCCUCUCCUCCUCCCCGCCCAGCGCCAGCCACGCCAAGGAGGGGCCCGGCGCGGCGGACGACGAGGACGACGGCGGUUGCGGCGACGACGACGACGACACGGGCUCGACGCACGGCGUCUCGACGAGGUCGCGCUCCGACAGCGGGGUCAGCGACCGCACGGGCGACUCGAGCCUUGCCGACGAGGAGGUGGACGAGGCGGACGAGGCGGAUGAAGAUGAGGAGGAGGAGGAGGGUAGGGUGGUCUGCCGGGACAUCGAUCCGGAGGUGUGCCGGCUACUGGAGGAUGUGGUGGAGGCCGUCGCGAGACUGGAGGGUGGAGGGGAAGCGGAGACGGGAGACGCGGUCGAUGGUGAGAGCCGCGGCAAGUCCGGCGGCACUGCCGCCACCACGCGGAGCGUUCCGGCGGAUCCCAGUCGAGGCGGUGCGGUGACGGCGCCGUGUGGCACCGUGCUACCGCGGCCCAGCUCCUUCCCGCUGCUGGCGCCGGGCGUCGAGUCCGGCGCCCCGCGCAGCCGCAGCAGCAGCACGCUGGACCAAGGUGGUGGUGGGGCGCGACCCAAAGUCCGGCACGGAGCGGCGCGGGGGGUCUCGGCCGCGGCGGCGCCGGCGGCGCCGGCCGUCCAGGACCUGCCGAUGCGGCUGCCGCCGGCGUACCUGGGCGAGGCCGGUGGGCUGGAGGCGUGGUACGGCACCAGGGAGGGGGACGGCACCAACAGGGACUCGUCGUCAGAGGAGGAGGAGGAGGAGGGGGACAGCGACUCGUGCUCGCCGCGCAGGGCUACCCGGAGGAUGGGAGGAGGUAACCAUGGCAACGCGGCCGCCCCCUCCUCGUCUUUGGGGGUGAUGGAGAGAAGCGUGGCCACCGUGCACCCCCUCUACCAGCACGUGCUGCUCUAUCUGCAGGUGUACGACACGGGCCGCGUGCUGCAUGCGCUGGCGGUGCUCGGCUCGGUGCUGCGCUCCAUCCCGGCCGCCUUCGUCAGCGCCCUCGCCACCACGGGCGUCAGCGGCGCCCGCGCCCCGCGCCUCGUGCUGCUUCAGAACCUGCUGGCGCGACACCGUGCCUCCUUCACCGGCGGAGACUUCUAUGCCAGCGCCCACGGCCCGGGCGUGGUGGUGUCGGCGGAGGGCGGAGGGGCGCAGGCGGGCGGCUUCCGUAACGCCAUGUACCUGGAGGUGGUGCUGUCGCUGGGGCUCGCGUUCCUGCGCUCGUACUACCCGCACCACGUACGCGCGUCGCCGCGCCAGCUCUCCGAGAACCGCCACGUGCAGCUCGCCAGCGCCGAGGUGCUGACGCUGCUGGUGUCAGCGCUGGCGCGGCUCGUGGACUCGGGCUGCACCGGCGCCGGAGGUACGGGUUCCGCCUCGAGCUCCGGCCCGGGCUUUGCGAGCUUCCUGCUGGACCUGCUGGCGCGCUGCAAGGCGCAGAAGGUGGUGCUGCACUGCCUGGUGGCCGGAGUGGCGGGGGCGCACGCCAGGGCACAAGCGCACGUGCUCUCCGUGCGCAACGACCCGGCCGCUGAAGAGGGCCUCUCCGUGGAGGGAAAAGUGAACUUUUUUGAGGACGGAGAGGAAGAGGAGUCGGAGUCGGGGGAGGGGAGUGCCGGCGCCAGCGGAGAGGGGACAAGCGGGGCUCUGCAGGCCCAGCUGCUGCGCCUGCUGCAGGCCCUAAUGGUGCUGGAGCACAAGGUGCUGGCCUGCACGGAAGACCCCGAGGGCGGAUUCACCGAACUAGUGGCAGCGCAGCCAGAAAACCCCCCCUCCAACCACCAGCAGCACCAGCAGGAGCACCAGCAGCACCAGCAGGAGCAGGCCGUGGGCCCGGCAGCGCCCACCUCCCUGCGCUUCGUGUCGAGCCGCCCGCUGGCGGAGCAGGAGAUGCUCGGCUGGGCGGUGACGCGGGCGCUGCUGGUGUCGGCGCCGCCGGGCCGCGCCAGCUGCGCCGCUCACCCGCGCUGGGUGGGCGCCGUCACGGCGUCGCUGCCCUACCUGGGCCGCGCGCUGGCCCGGCUCGCCGUGGCCGUCGUCGCUCAGGUGUGCCGCAACCUGGACGCGGCGGCGCAGCAGCACGCCUGGGAGAGCGCCCUCGCGGCCGACCGUGGUGCAUGCGGUGCUGUGCGAUGCAGGCCGGACGUGCUGCUGGAGAGUGUGCCGCCCGACUACGUGCUGUGCCUGCUGGAGGGGCUCACCACCGUGGUGCACUACUGCCUGCUGGACAGCUCCACCACGCACAUCCACUCGCCAAGUUCCGCUAGCCGUGCCGAGGCCCGCGCCGCCAUGCUGUGCGUGCUGCCCUGCGUCCUCUCCACGGCUGCCCUGCUCUGGAGCCUGCUGGGCAAGGCCGAGGGGCAGCGGGUAGAGGUCGUGGCUGGGGUCACGGGAGGAGCGGCCGCCCCCUCCUCGGUUGGGCUGGGCUCCACCAAGAUCCUGCGCCAGAAAGUUCUGGACCUGCUGAGCCCCCUGAGCCUGCAGCACGGCGUCGCCUUCAUGGCCGCGGUGGCGCGCGUGUGGAGCGAGCGCACGAGGGGGCGGCCCGCGGCCUCCCGCAGCCGGGUGUGUGCCGCGGAGGUCGACGAUCGACCCCGCUCGUCGGCCGCGGACAACCGCGCGCAACCUCGCUCGACCACAGUUCUGGCGGCCGCCAAUGUGGACCAGCAGCUGCUGGUGGACCUGAUCCGCGGCAUCAGCAGCAUGCGCACCGACAGCGUGGUGGGCACCGUCAAGGAGGUGGUGCGGCAGCCCCCGAGCGGGCCGGCCCCCUCGCCCAAGGAGAAGAGCGUGCCGCUGGAGGUGAGCGUGCUGCAGUUCUUCUUCGCCUACGUGCAGAGGAUAGCUGUGUCUCAGUUUGUGGACAGCUGGCCUUCAUUGCUGUCACUGCUCAAAGAUUGUUCCGCUCUCAACCUCCCUCCCCCCGGUCACUUCCUGCUGCUAGGAAUCCUCAACGAGUUUGUGAUGAAGAUGCCACCCAUGGAGAGCAAGAAGGAUCUGCGAGACCUCCAGGAUGUGACGCAGCGGCUGGUGGAGGCAGUCACGCACGUGGCCGGCUCCUCGCUGGAGCAGACCACGUGGUUGCGGCGCAACCUCGAGGUGAAGGCCGGACCCCAGGUCACGGUGGACGCUGCCGGACUGCAGGCCGACGCCGACGACGCCCUGCUGCUUUCUCCGGUGGCCGAGGUGGUGUCGCAGCCGCCCUCCGUCUUCAGCGUCCACGCCCUCACCCUGCUGGCCGAGGUGUUGGCGCAUCUCCUGGACAUGGUUUUCCGCAGCGACGAGAAGGAGAAGGUGGUGCCACUGCUCAUCAACAUCAUGUACUACGUCGUGCCCUACCUCAAGAACCAUAGUGCCCACAACGCGCCGAGCUUCCGCGCGUGCGUUCAGCUGCUGAGCAGCCUGAGCGGCUACCAGUACACGCGGCGCGCCUGGAAGAAGGAGGCGCUUGACCUCUUCAUGGAGUCCGCCUUCUUCCAAAUGGACGCCAGCUGCGUCCCCCAGUGGCGCUCCAUCAUCGACCACUUGAUGACCCACGACAAGACCACCUUCCGUGACCUCAUGACGCGCGUGACGGUGGCACAGAGCAGCUCCCUGAACCUGUUUGGGAACCGCGAGGCGGAGCUGGAGCAGCGCGUGAUGCUGCUCAAGCGGCUCGCCUUCUCCGUCUUCUCCAGCGAGGUCGACCAGUACCACAAGUUCCUGCCCGACAUCCAGGAGCGGCUGGUGGAGAGCCUGCGGCUGCCCCAGGUGCCCACGCUGCACGCCCAGGUGUUCCUCUUCUUCCGUGUGCUGCUGCUGCGCGUGUCGCACCAGCACCUGACCGCGCUGUGGCCUGCCAUGAUCACCGAGCUGGUGCAAGUGUUCAUGCAGAUGGAACAGGAGCUCAUGGCGGAAGAUGACAUCACCAGGAGCGCCAGUCCGUCCAUCACGGGGCUGGAGACAACGUACGUCGGGGGGAACGGCUUCUCGUCGUCCUACAGUCAGCAGCGGUGGCUCGCGCUCUACCUCUCCGCCUGCAAGUUCCUGGACCUCGCGCUCGCUCUGCCCUCCGCCCACCUCCCGCAGUUCCAGCUGUACCGCUGGGCGUUCAUCCCGGAGACGUGCGACGACUCCGGGCUGGAGGUCCGUCGCCAAGGCAACCACCAACGCGAGUUCCGUCCGUACGUGGUGCGGCUCACAAAGCUCCUGCGCAAGAAGUGCAAGAAGAGCUCGGAGGAGGAGGGGGGCGGCUCGCCGCGCAUGAUCCCGUGCGAGGCCGGCCAGCCGCUGCUCACCGUGGCGUCACUGCGCUCCAUCGACCAGCUGCUGCCCUUCUUCAGCACGCUCAGCCACUUCUUCUGCAACAAGCCCAUGGUGGGGGCAGCGCAGGCCUUCCUGUGCGACCCGGGACGCCCCCCGGGAUCUGGCGGCUCCGGCUCCCUGGCGUCGUCAUCGUCCUCGGCGCUGGAGCACGCGGGGAGCGGGGAGAGCGGCGCGGGCGCCGAAGCGCAGUGGAGCCGCGCCCGCCGCCGCGUCGAGGAGACGGUGGGCCGCGACUUCCUGGAGACGCUCAACAAAGGCUAGCGCCGGGGGUUGCCUGCCUCCGAGCUGCGACAGAAACGGGACAACUGAGAAUAUCUCGCGGCACCCGGCCGCCUUCACCCUCGUCCGCGGUUCCGCCUCGUGCUUCCGAGUCAUUCCGUGUCUACGAGGGUGCGGAGCAAGUGGUGCGCGGCGGUGGGGCGCGUGUUACGAGUUGAAAUUAUCACGAUUAUUGUCGUUGUACUAAGAGGGGGUGGGCGAGCUGCGUGCGAACGAGUCGUCUCCAGUGGCGCGUUGCGGUAAUUUUUUGCACAGCCGAUGAAGAAACCCACCCGCGACGACGAGCUUUUAAUGUACCCGGAAGACGUCUUUAACAAGAGGACAAUCCUGGGAAGAGCAGGACGGGUGGCUACCCCCUGUCUAGCUAGCUUCCUCCCAAUGAGGCUCGCCCAGGGAUAGCGCUCCGGGCCAGCUCCUAGGCGAACUCCGAUGGCUCGCAAACAAAGGCGAGCCCUCACCGGGGCCAGUGUCCGUGAGCCAUCCGCGCAGGCCAGCUGUCCCCUGCCCCCCCCACCCCGCACCCCUCCAUCACUUGGCAUUUGCAUUGAAACUGCAAGUGACCAAGUGUGUAAUAUAUUAUUUCUUCUGAAGCGUUCAUUCUCUCUGUGCUGGAAGGGUCUGACCAGCACGGAGAUUCUCUAGGUAACGUGCCUCUGGGUUAGGCCUGAAGUGUACGCGCUGGGGCCAUUUGAACAAGUCGGCCGUUUCUCCAAGCCUGAACGGCCUGAAUGCCCACAAGGCGCGCUAUAGCACUGCUGGAACCAGGCUCGCCGAUGCUUUGUCCGGUCCUAUGCGAUUAUCCUACGUUUCGCUGUACGCGCCGGGAAGCUUCCUUUUCGGUUGCUGCAAAAAGCUCCCAGCACGUGGAGCGAAACGUCGGACGUCGCGCCGAAGAAGCGAACGGCACGACCCGGCGAAAACGCAUCGGGGAGUUGUACGGCACAACCGCGGUCGUGGCUCACGCGUCGAUGCACUUUAAGCCAUGCAGGGAAGCUAGACGUAGAGGUGCUUAGGCGGUUUUCAGUGAAAGCCACGUGCUGGCGGUAGUAUUGCCGCGAGCAAGCAAGGGGUGCGGCUGGUGAGCGCGAUGCCCCGGGGGGGCUGUGUAGGAAGUGUGCGUAGAAUUUGUGUAUUUGGCGUAGGAAUUGCACGCUGUCUGAAAUUGGCCAGGAGCGACACAAGCAAGGGACCAUCGCUACGGCCCUCGUCCCUCCCUCUGGAAUCCUCGCCCCCCACCCCCCCCACCCCCUCCCGGCAUCGUACGCAGGGUGACGGUCCGCACGCUAAACCCUUGGGGGUUUCUGUUACCCGCGUCGAUGGCCCACGUUGUUUUAGCCGAUGGAACACUCGCGAUGGGACGGCUCGCGCGUGUGACGCGUUUGUGUUUCUGUAAAAACUAAAAUCCACGGAUUCGCUCUCGUCGGAAGUGGGGUUCUGCGUCGGCCGCUCCACUGUGAAGUCACGUGUCACUGGCGGCGGCGGUGGCGCUGCUACCGGGUGGGAACACGUGCAGUGGCAACAGCAGGUGGUGCAGCAGCUGGUGGCGCAACUGGCGUAGCCACCAGCAGCAGUAGCUCCUGCCGCUCGCGUGAAUCUUACCCACGCUGUGCUAAUCAGGAUUUUCGUCUGGGGGGUUGAGGACAACUUAACCAAAACGUAUUUAUGUCGUUAUAUCUGUAGAGGAGACUCGGGAUUGGUCAAGCCAAGUUGCUGGCAAGUGGUGGAGCUUGCUGAAAGAUAAUAUAUUUAGAGACAUUUGCCACACAGAUCCAACACUUGCAAGUUUAUUUGUUUUAACCAGGUAUGAAGUCAAGAUAUCAGGACAGUUUCUUUUGCAAGAGUGACCCAAGGGCUAAGCAACCUUCAUCUGGAUUAGAGCGCGUGAGGCCUUGGAUUGGGCGACCAGGAGGUUGAAGCCUCCUUCCCAUGACAAUUCAGUGGCGACACUGGCUCGCUGAAAUUGGCUCCUAACAAAGGACAGUAUUUCUUUCCUAAGCUAAAUGUCAGCAUCCAAGUAUCCACGGCAUCUAUUGCCUUGCCACACUGAAGAGAAACCAAAGUCUUUCAGGCCCUCUUCCAAGUACUAAUGGACAUGCUAUUCGAGCCCUCUAGAGUAGGACCCCUGUUUUUUUAAUCUCUGCACAUGGCCUCUUACUGGGGGGGGAGGGGGCGGGGAUUUAAAGCUCCCCCACGUUUUAUGAGAGGUAGAAUAUCACAACUCUUAAGUCAUCGGAAGCGUCUCCACGAGGUGGAGCCCGUCUAGAGACUAGGUGGGUUUACUCUUUCGCUCUGGACAGAUGUCUUGGAGGAGGAUGGAGUACUCGCACUGGUACGCCCUCCGCAUGCGACCUGCUCGCUCGACUAAGUGCGGUACAUGCGCCCAUUCAUAACCGCUGGGUGGACACAAGCGGGGAGGGAUUUAAGAAACUUGCUUCGCCCACAAAAACGGCAUCGAACCGGCAUGUCCAGUGUGCUUGACUGUUACACCGCGUCACCAUUUUUCAGGGCAUCACAACACCGAUGUGGCCUCGCGUCUGUGCGUCCUGGUAACCAGAGAGGGCCACUUGGAAACACCUUAAAACAUUCAUUGAAUUAACAAAAAGAAUAAACAUGUACAUCCCCUUUGUCAGUCUGCUGGUUGAAGGCCUCCCCAUAACUGCAGUCGUGGGGGUUGUUUGACCAUACUUCACCGCGCCGGUUGGUGGAAGGGGGGGUGAGAGCCCAGGACUGGUUCCGAUAUCACACUCGCCACUGAUGUUAGCCGGUGGUCGGGAAUCGAACUCAGGUCGCAGGGUUUAUAGCGGAGUGCUUUAAUAAUCACUGCGCCACCACGCUCCAUCCUUUUUAUUUCUAAAUAAGUCCUUUAUAUCUGGAAAAUUAUCCGUUAGUCACUACUAUUUAUCUGGUGGAGGCGGGGGGGGGGAUUGUUACAACUGGGAUGGAUGUCUGCCAUUUCCUCGUGUCUUUGCAUGUGGUAGGGAACUGGAGUGCCCGCGGUCAAGAACGCACAUUUGAUAGCUCCCUGGUACCGUUCGCCACAAUGUCCGACGCUCGGCACCAUGUCCCGGGGGGAGCGCCUUCAGUGAAACUGAAUUACCCGGCAUGUGGAGCGAAACGUUGGACGUCGUGCCAACCAACCAAACGCGCGGCCACUACCCCAAGAAGCACGGCCGGGGGGGGUGGGUAGGGUGAGAAGCUGCACAGCACAAAGGCGAGAACAUCCGCUGCGGAACGACUGAUAUAUACAUCUCAUCUCGCAUCCCUCCGUGGUUGCGUAUCUCACGUCACACUGCAUUUCACCUUCACGAACACCCCGAUUGGGAAAGUGUGUGUCCCCCGUACCACAGCCAGGCGCGCCGCCGCCACCACACCUUGUGCGACUUUUGAGACGUCUUGGUUUUUCUCAAGAUAAUCGUUGUGAAAGGGCGCGCGGUGACCGGCGCGCGCGCGCGCGUCAUUUUCUAACGUCGCGUAUUUCGAUGCAAUCUGUCUGCUCACUGGGUUUGCCGUUUUGGGGCUCUGCGUUGCUGUGGGGAGGCCCUGUGUCAUGUUUACCAAGGUUGGAACACUGCGAUUAUCGCUGAGUUGCAUUAGUAUACAAAUAAAGUCAGUUUUAAACACU